CGGAAAAAAGAGCCAAUAUAUUGAUAACAUCCUCUCUAUGAUUUCAUUUGAAUUCCCUCAGAGUAUAGAAAAAAAGAUGGCAAGCUAAAUAAGGCCCCUGCAGCUUGUCCUGCAACCGCCACACAGUCCAAAUCCGACAGAUCCAGUCCAGGCUUUCCAGCCGCGCCUGCCCUCGGUGGGUGCCCGCACACGGCAGUCUGCUCCCGGCCGUAGCACUGGCUGGCUGGCUCUGCUUACUGGAAGUCUGCUGCACGUCUGUUCCUCCUGUUCCAUGAGCUUGGGCACCGAUUCGGCUUCAAAACUUUCCGCCCACGGACGGAGAGCAAGACGUGGUUAGAGCCAGCCACCAAUCAUCUAUUGACACUUUUUUUUUUGUUUCGGUGCAGAAGAGAACUGAUGGUGUCGGCUUGGUCCCGGCAAAGGUAUUGACUAGAGCGGCCAGAGCGGCUUUUGGCAAUGGAAGUGCGCCCCUGGAAGAGAGGCACGGCUGGGAUGAGAAGAGAACCUGUCGCCGAUUGAGAACCAGCCUGAGUUCCAUGAAGAAAGGCAUGCCUCAGACCUGCAAACCCUUACAGGACCCCCUAUCAGACAUUAUCUGACACCCCCCUAUCAUCUUAUUCUUUUUUUUUUUUUUUUUUUAAUUCUGACAUUAUUCACCUGGUUUUGCUGCAAGGUGAGAGGAUCAAUGACGACCAUCUCUAAGAUCGUUUGGAUUGGACUUUUUCAAUCAGAAGCUCUUUGUCACAACACAAAAAGCUGCAAGAGACCACCAACGUUUGGCGCCAUGUGGAAACUACACACCUUGUGCUGGUUUAUCAUCACCCUGGCGCAAGUCCACUCCACCGAGGGGUUCAGUCGGGCUGCCCUGCCAUUUGGCUUAGUACGAAGAGAGCUAUCUUGUGAGGGUUACCCCAUCGAUCUGCGCUGUCCAGGAAGUGAUGUCAUACUGAUCGAAAGCGCCAACUAUGGACGGACAGAUGACAAGAUCUGCGAUGCCGACCCUUUCCAAAUGGAAAACAUCAACUGCUAUCUUCCAGAAGCAUACAAAAUCAUGUCACAGAGAUGCAACAAUCGGACCCAGUGUAUCGUGAUUACGGGUUCAGAUGUCUUCCCGGACCCCUGUCCGGGGACAUACAAGUAUCUGGAGGUCCAGUAUGAGUGUGUGCCCUACAGUCCAUGCCCACCCAGAAUAGGAGCAAGAACACAGAAUGUGUCCUAUCGCAACUGUCCUGAAGUGGAGCAAAAAGUUUUUCUUUGCCCUGGGACUCUGAAAGCUGUUGGAGAACCCUCUUUUCAAUUUGAAGCGGAACAACAAGCUGGUGCCUGGUGCAAAGAUCCACUGCAAGCUGCUGACAAGAUCUACUUCAUGCCUUGGACUCCUUAUAGGACAGACACUCUUAUUGAAUAUUCCUCGCUGGAUGACUUCCAAAAUGCCCGUCAAACAAUUACCUACAAGCUGCCCCACCGUGUGGAUGGAACUGGAUUUGUGGUCUAUGACGGUGCUGUGUUUUUCAACAAAGAGCGCACCCGCAACAUAGUCAAGUUUGACCUGCGAACUCGAAUCAAAAGUGGGGAAGCAAUCAUCAACAACGCUAAUUACCAUGACACAUCACCCUAUAAGUGGGGUGGUAAAACAGACAUUGACCUGGCCGUAGAUGAGAACGGCCUGUGGGUGAUCUACGCCACAGAGCAGAACAAUGGCAUGAUAGUAAUCAGCCAGCUGAACCCCUACACGCUCCGUUUUGAGGCUACGUGGGAAACGGCCUAUGACAAACGCUCAGCCUCCAAUGCGUUCAUGGCCUGCGGAGUUCUCUAUGUGGUCCGCUCCACCUAUGAAGAUAAUGAAAGCGAAGUCAGCAAGAGCAUGAUCGAUUAUAUCUACAAUACUAAGCAGAACCGUGGGGAAUAUGUUGAUGUCCACUUUCCCAACCAGUACCAAUACAUUGCAUCUGUGGAUUAUAAUCCGCGAGAUAACCAACUCUAUGUGUGGAAUAAUUUUUACAUCCUGAGGUAUAACCUGGAGUUCGGGCCACCUGAUCCAGCUCAUGCUCCGCCUUUAUCUCAGGCCACCGUCCCCCCUCAGCCUCUAAGAACGACAACUACCACCACAACAACCACAGUGCACCGGGGCGUGGCCAACAACACCACCACCACAACAGGGCCCAAGGAGGGAGGCAAGGGAGCGGCCAGGCGCCCUCCUGUAAUCCUGCAGACGACUUCCCCUCCGCCCCUGGAGUCAUUCCCUUUGCCAGAGCGCUUUUGCGAGGCUACCGAGAGAAGAGACAUCAUGUGGCCUCAGACCCAACGGGGCAUGCUGGUAGAGCGACCUUGUCCCAAGGGAACCCGAGGCACAGCAUCUUAUUUAUGUGUCCUUUCCACUGGGACCUGGCACCCUAAGGGCCCUGAUCUCAGCAACUGUACCUCCCACUGGGUCAACCAGGUAGCCCAGAAGAUCCGCAGUGGUGAAAAUGCAGCAAACUUGGCUAACGAAUUAGCAAAGCACACAAAAAACCCGAUCUACGCGGGAGAUGUCAGCUCCUCAGUGCGCCUCAUGGAGCAGUUGGUGGAUAUCCUGGAUGCUCAGCUGCAGGAGCUUCGGCCUAGUGAGAAGGACUCUGCAGGACGGAGCUUCAACAAGCUUCAAAAACGAGAAAGGACUUGCAGGGCGUACAUGAAGGCCAUUGUGGAUACAGUCAACAACCUACUUCGGCCUGAAGCUUUAAAGUCCUGGCAGGACAUGAACAGUACGGAGCAGACGCAUGCCGCCACCAUGUUACUGGACACCUUGGAGGAAGGCGCCUUUGUGUUCGCCGAUAACCUGAUGGAGCCUGCCAUCGUCAAAGUUCCUGCAGACAAUAUAAUCUUGGAUGUCUAUGUACUCAGCACCGACGGUCAGGUGCAGGAUUUUAAAUUCCCACAAUCCAACAAAGGGGGAAUCUCAAUCCAGCUUUCGGCCAAUACCAUCAAGCUUAACAGUCGUAAUGGAGUCGCCAAGAUGGUUUUUGUUCUCUACAAGAACCUAGGCCAGUUCCUCAGUACCGAAAACGCCACCAUUCAGAUGGCCAACGACGCUUAUGGACGAAACGUGUCCGUCAAUUCCGACAUCAUCGCCGCCUCAAUCAACAAAGAAUCCAGCCGUGUCUUCAUCAAUGACCCGGUGGUUUUUACCCUGGAGCACAUAGAUAUGGAGCACUACUUCAACUCCAAUUGCUCCUUCUGGAAUUAUUCCGAGAGGAGUAUGAUGGGCCACUGGUCCACGCAAGGCUGCAAGCUCCUUGAGUCCAAUAAAACACACACCUCCUGCUCCUGCAGCCACCUCACUAACUUUGCCAUCCUCAUGGCCCACCGCAAAAUCUCAGUCAACAGACAACAUGAGCUGCUGUUGACUGUCAUCACCCGCGUGGGUAUCGCGGUGUCGCUGGUCUGUCUAAGCAUGAGCAUCUUCACCUUCUGCUUCUUCCGAGGACUGCAGAGCGAUCGCAACACCAUCCACAAGAACCUCUGCAUCAAUCUCUUCCUCGCCGAGUUAAUAUUCCUAAUUGGUAUCGAUAUGACAGAGCCCAGGAUUGGCUGUGCCAUCAUUGCGGGGAUCCUCCACUUUUUCUUCUUGGCUUCCUUCUCCUGGAUGUGUUUGGAAGGAGUCCAGCUAUACCUCAUGCUUGUGGAAGUCUUUGAAAGUGAAUACUCGCGGAAAAAGUACUACUACGUAUCUGGUUACCUCUUUCCUGCCAUCGUGGUUGGCGUCUCUGCGGCCAUCGACUAUGGAAGCUAUGGAACAGAAAAAGCGUGUUGGCUAAGUGUGGAUAAUCAUUUCAUCUGGAGUUUCAUAGGACCUGUCACCUUUAUCAUCAUGCUCAAUCUGAUCUUCCUGGUCAUUACCAUGUAUAAAAUGAUGAAGCACUCAACCACCCUGAAACCAGACUCGAGUCGACUGGAGAAUAUCAAUAAUUAUCACGUUUGUGACGGCUACUAUAAUACCGAUUUGCCUGGCUAUGAAGAUAAUAAACAGUUUAUCAAAUCUUGGGUCAUGGGGGCUUUUGCACUCCUCUGUUUGCUCGGCUUGACGUGGUCCUUCGGUCUCUUCUUCAUCAACGAAGCCUCCAUUGUCAUGGCGUACCUCUUCACCAUAUUUAACGCCUUCCAGGGGAUGUUUAUCUUCAUUUUCCACUGCCUGCUCCAGAAAAAAGUCCGCAAAGAGUACAGCAAGUGCUUCCGUCACACAUACUGCUGCGGAAGGCUGCCGACUGAGAGCUCGCAUGGUUCGGCAAAGACUUCCACUACACGGACAAGCGCACGCUACUCCUCUGGUACCCAGAGUCGAAUCAGGAGAAUGUGGAAUGACACCGUAAGAAAGCAAUCUGAAUCCUCCUUUAUCUCAGGUGACAUCAACAGCACCUCCACCCUUAACCAAGGAAUGACUGGGAAUUAUCUACUAACAAAUCCUCUUCUUCGACCACAAGGCUCUAACAACCCUUAUAACACCUUACUGGCUGAGACAGUUGUGUGUAACACCCCUACGGCUCCAGUGUUUAACUCUCCAGUGACCUACAGAGAGACAAGGCACUCACUGAACAACGUGGUGAGGGAUACAAGUGCAAUGGAUACUCUACCGCUAAAUGGUAACUUUAACAACAGCUACUCACUCCGCAGUGCGGACUUCGGCGACAGUGUACAGGUGGUCGACUGCGGACUCAGUCUGGACGACGCUGCCUUCGAGAAAAUGAUCAUCUCUGAGCUUGUACACAACAACCUGCGUGCCUGUAACAAAAGCCACCAACAGCAACAGCAGCCACCCCCCAAUUUGCAUCACCCUCCUCAUCAGCACCACCGACCUCAACAGCAGCAUCCGCCUCCGCCGCCAUUGCAGUACCACCACCAUCGUCACCUCAUGGCGGAGCGGGCUCCACCCAAGGUGACGGCGGUGAGGGGCAGCGGCAGCGAAGAUGGUGUCAUCGUCGCCGACGCUUCUUCUCUGGUGCACGUGGGCGAAGCGGUGGGCCUCGAGUUGCACCAUCAGCAUGAGCUGGAGGCGCCGCUCAUCCCCCAGCGGACUCACUCGCUUCUGUAUGCUCCCGAGAAGAAGGUGAGGACCGACGGGGGAGUGGAAACCAUUGUGGGCCGCCUGACACCUGACAACGACCAGGAAAGUUUGCAGUCUCCAAACAGAGACUCCUUGUACACUAGUAUGCCCAAUCUGAGGGACUCUCCUUGUCCAGAGAGCAGUCCCGAAGUUGUGGAGGACUUGUCCCCAUCCAAGAAGAGCGAGAAUGAGGACGUUUACUACAAGAGCAUGCCUAACUUAGGAGCCGGUCAUCAGCUGCAGGCCUAUUACCAGAUAGGCAAAGGGACGAGUGACGGUUACAUUAUUCCCAUUGCGAAAGACGGCUGCAUACCGGAGGGCGAUGUACGGGAAGGAACGAUGCAGCUCGUCACAAGCCUUUAAAUGUAUUACGAUGAACACCCAACCCUCCUCCUGACCAUCUUCAGCCGUGAACAUUUGGUGGACAAACUAGUGAGGAAAGGUGUGUCAUUUGAACUAGCCAUUGACCACUCUUUUCCCCCCAAACAGGUCACUCUUCCGCCCUUUUCAGCCAUUGCUGCGCAACGUUUUAAUAAAAAUGUACAUACAUAAAAUACAGAGUCAAAUUUUCAUUUUUAGAGAUAAGCCAAUUAUGUAUUUAAAUGUGCUGCUGCUGUCAAAAGUGUACGGUACCAUAAUAGAAAUACAAAAGGACAAAAAAGAAGCGUUACUUGAUCCCUCAGAAAAGCAUUUAAAAAGGUUGUACAUACACUUCCCAGCAUCCUGUGUUUUUGUUUAUUUUUUUGUUUUUUGAUUGUGAACAAAAUGACAUUCAAGGACCAGGACAUUGACUAUAGCCUGUACAGCCCUCCCACCCCAAAGGAAUAUAUACGGUCAUGGUCAUCCCUUCAUCCCCAUGCUGUUUUUUCGAUUGUAUGACCACUAGCAAUCAAGCCCCUGGCCUUAUAUUUUCUCAACUGUACAUUGAAACUGUAGUCAAGAAUAAUGGCUAUAAAUAUAUAUUUUGUUGUAUUGCUGGUGUAAAAUACAGAUUCUUGGAAAACCGUAAUUAUAAAGAAACUGUUUAACUGCAAAAUUUAACAUUUGAGAGACUAUUGUCUAGAGGUUAUACAUAGUGGCUUCAACCGUUGAUUCAUGUUAGUGAGUUGGAACGUUAAAGACAUACAGUAUGUAAAGAAAUAAAUAAACUAUACAUAAAAAAAUACAUGGAUGCUUUAUCACAUUUUGCACCAGUGAACAGUGUUUAUACUGUCUGGAUUUCAUUGAUUAGUAUCACUCACUUAAAUGUGUUAAUCUGAUUUUGCCAGAGUUGCGUUAUUUUAUGCAUCAGUACAUAUUUUUGCUGUUAUGGCAAAUGAUGGGCAGUUCGAAAAUGAAGGGUUGUUUUGUUGAUGGUAAUCAUUAAUUUUCUUUUACUGCCUUGAUUGAAAUGGUUUAUUUAUUAAAUCUUUUUUUUUUUAAUAAAUGGGAAAAAAUUCUCAGCACUGGUAUACAUAUUGUACUGUAGCUCAUAAUUUUGUGUAAACAUAUUAGAAUGGGCUCGAAUCUCCACUCUAAAACUUAUGUAAAGUUCAACACUUGUUUGGCAAAUACAAUAAAUGUGAGUUUUUUUCGCAAAUGUCAUGUUGCUUAUUAAUGGUGUAUUUGCUACUACGGGACACCACAUUGAAAGGUAAAUAGGUGAGUUUAUGUUUAUUUUCUCUUUUUUUUUUUCUUCAAUGGCUGCACAUUUUGAGAGAGCUCGUUUCACCCAUAUUUGUCAAAUACGGCAAAUCUCCAUGUUAAUCAAAGACGAGAAACUCAGGUAGGAAAAUUGCUAUGUAAACGGUUCUGUGUGGUUGCAACACAAAUAAAAACACAAUGAUUAUGA